UAUGACAUAUAUGUAUAUAAUGUACAUCGUUCCAUUUCAAAUAUAUCAUCGACACAAAGCAGAGGGUGCAAAGUUAUGCGAAUUGAAGGGACGCGCGUUUAAAAAGAUUCGCUCCGAAUCUAGUACAUUUUUUACCAUUUGAUUGGUAAACACACUUUCCAACAUCUGGCAACACUGUGCUGACGAUACCGACACGUCAGACCGGCCACGUAUAUACACACACACAUAUGCCUCAUUUUAUAUAUUUUUUUAAUAUUAUAUUUUGUUGCAUUUUUGUUUCGAACAUAACUUCUUGUCAUCGAGCAACAUGCUGAUCGCAUCACAUACGUCAAAAUUUUCAGCGUUUUCUCGGGAAACUCCGAGUCGCUUUCCAAAACAAUUCUAUUUACAUGGACAAAGUGUCAUUGCGUUUCCAUCGUUGGGAUAGAUUUUACGCUAUUUUUUCUUCCAAAUUUUUUUCAUAUCCUUUAAAUUUAAUUAAUUGAAUUACUAAAACUUAAACGGGUGCUUAAAAGAGAUAAGGAUUUUACAUCAUGUCGAAAAAAAUUAUUUGUUUGUUUGACGUGGAUGGUACACUCACUGAACCACAGCAGCCAAUAAGUUCUAGCUUUGAAAAGUUUCUCCUAGAAACUGUAAAGAAAGAGUUUGACAUUGCAGUAAUCGGAGGUUCUGAUUUAAACAAGAUUCAAAAACAGCUAGGUAGUGGAAAUCUCUUUGAAAAGUAUAAGUAUGUUUUUGCGGAAAAUGGCCUUAUCGCUUUCAAGAAUGGCAAAGCUUUGCCUUCACAAAUGAUUCAAGAUAUACUUGGGGAGGAUUCUCUGCAGGAUUUUAUAAAUUUCACCUUGCGAUAUAUAUCCGAGCUAAAGCUGCCAUUUAAGCGUGGAACAUUUAUCGAAUUCCGUACAGGCAUGUUGAACAUUUCGCCAGUAGGACGAAAUUGCAGUAAGAAAGAACGCGAACAAUUUUAUGAAUAUGACAAUGAACAUCAUAUUCGAGAAAAAUUUAUACAAGUCCUGAAAAAGGAGUUUCCCGAUUUGGGUCUAACUUAUAGUAUCGGUAAUAUCAUAGGACACCGCGUCACUUGUCCCAAGGACACCAUGAACCAAUUGAAUGUCCUUAUGACUCUUAUAAAAGAGAACAGGGAGAAAGAGCAACUCAAUGUUCCAUUGCAAUGUGUAUAAUAAGGCCUAAUAAUAGUAUUUUUCUAAAUUGAUAAAUUUAUAUUUUUAAUUAGUAUAUAUAUAUAUAUAUGUUAUUGUACAAUAGAUUGGUUUCGUUCCAUUUUUUAUUUUUCAUUUUUUAUCCAUUGUUACAUUCCUAACAGUGGAAGUGCAGUAUUUGUAACUCUGUAGUUUCCAAAGGAAAAUUUUUCAGCACUAAUUCUAAGCACAACUGUUUUCAUGCACACUUAAAAAUAUAUUUGUACAUAUGCUCUUUUCUAGUUUUACUACCUUGAUAUACACACAAGUCGUAAAUGUUAAAUAAAACCGUUAUUGACAUGGA